UGGUCCACCCGUUGGCAGUAAUGCCACGAGCGCCUUUCAGGGGGCGGAGCCUCGUGGAAACCGGAAGUGUUGAAGGAGUUUUACACGUGAUUGAGACCACAACAAUGAAGGCGAUCAUUCAAAGAGUAACGAAAGCAAGCGUAACAGUUGGGGAGCAGCAGAUCAGUUCCAUCGGCCGAGGAAUUUGCGUUUUAUUUGGCAUCUCAGUUGAGGACACCCAGAAAGAUGUUGAAUACAUGGUACGGAAGAUUCUCAACCUGCGUCUGUUUGAUGAUGAGAACGGCCGUGCCUGGAGUCGCAGUGUGAUGGACAGAGAGCUGGAGGUGUUGUGUGUGAGUCAAUUUACACUGCAGAGUAUCCUCAAGGGAAAUAAACCAGACUACCAUUCUGCCAUGCCGGCUGAACUGGCCCAGCCUUUCUACAACAACAUUUUGGAGCAGCUGAGGGAGGCUUACAAACCAGAACUCAUCAAAGAUGGACAGUUCGGGGCAUAUAUGCAAGUACACAUUCAAAAUGACGGACCUGUGACUAUUCAACUGGAAUCUCCUCCUCGUCCUACAGAUCCCAAACAGCUGUCGAAACAAGAAAAGCAACAGCAGAGGAAAGAGAAAACACGAUCAAAAGGCCCGUCUGAGUCCGGCAGAGAGAAGGGAGCAGCACGAACUAAAGCAGACGGCGCUGUCAGCAGCGGAGCCGAGGGGGACGUGUCUUCAGAACGGGAACCAUAGGAUACCUCACGCCUCGGAUUUUGCAGUUGGCAGAUCUUUUUCCAGGGCAAUACUGCAGUCUUCAGGAACACGUCUCAGUUUAGCCCCGAUUCAUACUAUUGAAUAUCUGUCUCGUUACUGUAUCUGUCUGCUGUCCGCUGUCCAGUACAGCGUGCAGCCAUAUUGUUCACUGAAACUUGCAUUGUAUAUAAACACAGAACAUGUGGCAGCUCAACAAUUACCAUUAGAAGAAAUAACAACUCAGGCUCUCUUUAGUGGUAUUUUUGCGGCAAUUUGAACAGAAUAUCUAUAUACCAUUUAAUUUAUUGAAAUGUAUACAUCUCUGUGAUGUUUUAAUAAAAACCGAGCACAGAAAUGUAUUUAUCUGCAUAUUUUUUUAAGUGACAGUAGCAUUGUAUCCUUAUAGUACAAUUGCACAAUAUUUGAAGACUUUAAUAUAAACCUAUGAUUCAUAAUAUUUGGUUAUUAUAUUCUUUUUAGGAAAAUGGUUAUUAUUUGUAACAUAAUUUACAUAUUGGUGGUUUACACAUUGAGUUGUUUUUCUACAGUGUGAAAAACUCACAAAGGAGCCUUUGUGAGGUGAUUUACUGCAUGUGUAGUUUAAGCAGGCAAAAGCGAAAGAGGAUUAUUCUUGAAUAUGGAAAAGAGCCAGUACCGGCAGUACAAUUUUAGACAAUGUAUUGUUAUUAUUUGUAGACGGUACUAGAACUAUUGGAUGUCACAGAAUGUAGUUAUAAAAUGGUCUAAAUAGUCAAAGCCAUUAAUCUAAAAUUCAGUGUACGAGAAAUGUAAUUGAA